UAAAAAUUCCUAAACUGCGGCUUUACUGUUGUGGGUUUUUGUUAGACGAUGGUAAAAAUGUUAUCAGGAAAUGUGGCAAUUUCCAAAACAACUUUAGAAAUGAAUAAUGUUAGUGUGUCAUAGUAGAACCGUGAUCAUAGGUUAUGGUAGAUAAACUUGAAAAUGAGUAAUUUAAUAUUAUUGUUAAAACGCCUCUCUUACUACUAAAUUUGCUACUUUUAAUAAUGGGGGCAAAAUACGAUUUGUUUUUUCUUACGUUAUUCUUAGUUAUGACUUGUACAUUCGGCUACUUUGGUAAUGUUUUAGAUGAUGAUUGUUUUUGUCAGCUUCAUGGAAAAAUUGACGACUGUUCAUGUAACGUGGAUACAGUGGAUCAUUUUAAUAACGUAAAAAUAUACCCCAGAUUACGUAGUUUGCUCCACAAGGGGUAUUUUAGAUUUUAUAAAGUUAAUUUAAGACGACCAUGUCCCUUUUGGUCUGAUGAUAGCAGAUGUUCAAUGAGAUAUUGUCACGUGGAGGCUUGUGAAGAUAAAGAUAUUCCAGUUGGACUCAAAGGUGGUUUAGAAAAUCACAGUUCAAAAAAUUUGUAUGUGACUCAAAGUUGUGAAGAUGAUCACAAUGCCGAGUUGGGUUAUUUGAAUACUACAAUUAGUGCAAAAGUGCAAGAGGAUAUAGUCCUUUGGAGCGCCUAUGACGACGCUCAGGACAAUUUUUGUGUCCUUGAGGACAACGACAGCGAAUCAGAAUACGUGGAUUUGCUUCUAAAUCCAGAAAGAUUCACUGGAUACAAAGGCAAAUCCGCGCACCGAAUUUGGAACAGUAUCUACAUGGAAAAUUGCUUCACAAGCACGAGAAACGACAAUCCCUACAUUCAAAGUUCCAAACUGAACAAUAUGUGUUUGGAGGAACGUGUUUUUUAUCGAGUCAUUUCUGGUCUCCACGCUAGCAUAAACAUUCAUUUAUGUGCACAAUAUUUGCUCUCUGAAACUAGUUUAAGCGAACGUGAUGGGAAGUGGGGGCCCAAUUUAAGCGAAUUUUUAACACGAUUUUCAAAAGAAACCACACAAGGUGAAGGCCCCCAUUGGCUGCGAAAUUUAUACUUUGUUUAUUUGCUCGAGUUGAGAGCUUUGAAUAAAGCAUCGCGGUAUUUAGAGAAAGAGGAAUUUUAUACUGGGAAUGAAAACGAAGAUUGGGACACGCAACUUGCUGUUAAGGAUCUCCUCAAUGUUGUUCAAAAAUUUCCGGAUCAUUUUAAUGAAACCACGAUGUUCUCAGGAAGCGAACAAGCAGAGAAAUUGAAGUACGAGUUUAAACAACAUUUUCGAAAUGUUUCCAAAAUUAUGGAUUGUGUCGGGUGUGAUAAAUGUAGAUUAUGGGGGAAAUUACAAGUACAAGGUUUAGGAACUGCCUUGAAAAUUCUUUUUUCGGGAAAAUUCGAUGAUCAGCCUGACUUAUCAAUGGACAAAAAGAAAUUCCAAUUACAGAGAACUGAAAUUGUUUCACUUAUAAAUAGUAUAGGAAGGCUGUCUACGAGUAUUUAUGAAUUAGAUGAAUUUCGCCAAAUGUUACGAUGACCUUGGAAAAUUUCCGCCUAUCAUUUUCAAAAUUAUAAUCAUCAAAAUUAAUUUAUUAAUUAAUUGUUUAACACGAAUUUUUAUUUAAAUUAAGCCCGAUAAUGGGACCAAGAGCCUGGGCGUGACAAUGUGGUAACAAAAAUAUGUUUAGAAUUGGUUCGAUGAUAAUAGGGGCGUGGCUACUCCACAUAACCACGCCCUGCAUUGGAACCAGGCAACUGGUACCGAAAAUACGUUUAGAAUUAAUUCGGUAAGAAAUAGUUAAAUGGUAGCCACGCCUAUGCACUUAACUAUUUGUGGUACCGCAAAUACGUUUUCAAUUGGUUGGAUAAUAAAAUGGGCUGAAUUGUAACAAAAGGGAAAUGUCACAAUGGAACUGUGGUAACGAAAAAACGUUAAGAAUUGAUUCGAUAAUAAUAUGGGCGUGGCUGCUCUACAUAGCCACGCCCUGCAUCUAUACCUUAUCAUAUUUAGAAUCAGUUCGUGGGUGUGGUAACUGGUACCGAAAACAUAAUUAGUUCGGUGAGUGGUUAUAUGGUAGCCACGCCCACACACAUAACUAUAUGUGGUACCGAAAAUACGUUUAGAAUUGGUUCGAUGAUAAUAUGGGUGUGGCUAUGUAGAGUAGCCACGCCCUGCAUCUUACCUCAUCAUAGUUGGAACCAGUUCGUGGGUUUGGUAACUGGUUCCGAAAAUCAGUUCGUGGGUGUGGUAACUGCGACCGAAAAUACGUUUAGAAUUAGUUUGGUGAGAAAUGGUAGCCACGGCCACGCACUCAACUAUUUGUGGGCGGAAUUGUAACAAAAGGGAAAUGCCACAAUGGCACUGUGGUAACGAUAGCUUGAACGCUCUCACACCCGUGUAAAACGUUACUUUAACCAUCUUUGUUAUGCGAUAGCAAUUGUUUUUUCCUGGAAAUUGUUGGAAGCACUAAAAGUAGAAAACGGCAAAAGGUGGAGAUUGAGUGAAAAUAAAAAACAAAAAUUCAAUCAUAAUUCUAUAGUGGUAAAGUUUCAUAGAGAAAAAAGGUCUAAAAGUGCCUAAAUUAACGUUUUAAAAAAAUCACUAAGAGUGCGUUGGAUUUGAUUGAAUCAGUGCAAAAUUUAGAACAAUUUGAACCACAUCAGGGCCGUAAUGAACAAUUUUCUGAUUCAAAAUAAUUAUAUGGCUAAGCCAUGACUUUUGUAUUAAUUACUAUAAAAUUGUUGAAUCUGUGCAGAAAUAAAUGUAUUUUUAUAAAA